AAAUAUGAAUCGAGUUCACGUGUUCAAAGGAGAACAGCCUGUCUGUAGCUAAAACAGUACAACUUGUAAUGUUGGUGGAACGAUCUAUCUGCGUACACGUGCUCCAGCCCUAAUCUACUUCCUCUCCCGUAACUUUCGCUGAACUAGCAGUAACAUGGAAGAAAUGUGAAAAGACUGGUUCACCAUAAUUAUUUUAACUCAGACGAGACGUGGUUUAAGUGGAUAGAUCAAAAGUUUGGGUGAACUCACACAACCAGUUUGGUUCACAAGUAGGCUGUGGUGAGCCUCACGAGUACAGCAAUACCGUGUAAAAGAAGCUGACUGCUGAUGGUGAUGAGUACGACGACUGUGUAGUGAAUGGUUUUCCCGCACUUACGGUUUUGUCUAGUCGGAAAAGUGAAAGAUCAAGAAACGAGGUACGACUGUCCCCCAAAGUGUCCAAGAGUUCGGAAGCCGCUCAUUCCAAGAGCCAAGUUCCAUCAUGACCUGGUAUACAACCACUUCCAGGAAUACAUCAGUCCCGAGCAUGAGGAUCUUGUAAUGCCCAUCAUGGCCUUCUGGCAUCACAGGUAACCCCGUUGGACCCUGGCCACCCCUAGCCCAAGGCGUGUGUCCUCCAUCACGUGACUGCCAGCCAUGUGGUCCUGGCCCGUGGGCUAACCCCCAGAUUCGCCGGUUUUUCUUCACCGAUUGCUAGACGUAGAUGAAGAGAUCGGGAAAAGAAACAAGAAGGAAAAAAACCCAAGCUGGACUUUUCUUAUUGUGCAAAACGUGAAUCAAGUUUUAUAGUUAAACCGUAUAUAAACCGUUUAUUACAAGACAUACGGAUCGUCACCUCAACUUUAGAUCAUAAGAGAAGGCUGUGUAGUAUUUACCCGGUGCCUGAAUAAUAUUGUAAUAUAAUGAUGCAUUCACAGGUAAUCUUAUUCUAUAAUUGAAGUGUAUAAUAAUUGUCUAAUGACUUUCACAUUGCUAGCAAUAA